AUGCAGCUGGCGGUUCCAGCUGGAGAAGAAGCGGGAAAUACGGGGGAGAGAGGUGAGGAGAAUCAUGACUACUAUGAUUCAGAUGCUGCUGGGGAUGAUGGUGCGCCGUCAGUUGCGGCUGAAGCUACGGCGGCGGUUGCGGUGGGCGCAGUGGCGGCCCGCGGGAUGGCGGCGGGGGAGACGGCGGACGCGGAUGACGGGGACGCGCGGGAGAGUACGCGGAAGCGCGGGGGAGGGCUUGGCGGAAGCUCGCGGAAGCACCGGGCGCGAUGGGGAUUGGCGGGAGGGAGGGAUGAGGACGGGGGAGAUGGCGCAGGACAGGCGGAAGAGGGCAAGGCGGAAUCUAGGCGGAGUUUGCGCGCCCAGUGGAGCGCGCGGAGGUCAAGGCGCGGGGAGGGGGGAGCGCAUGGCGGAAACGAACGGGGGAAGAGGGCGGCAGGGGGGAGCACGCGGGAGGAGCGGGGAACAGGGGAGGGUUCCGCCAUCAGAGGAGAUCAGGAUAUGGUGGGGGAGGAGGCGGAGGGGCGGAGAGGAAGUGCAAACGAAGGGCAGGCGGAGAAUGACUGGCGGAAUGCGGAGGUUGGGGCGCAAGGGCAAUGGUCAGGGGGCGCGGAAGGGUAUGGGACAGGGGAUGAGGGGGAAGAGGGGGUUAGGGAAAGAGGAGGGGAGAUGGAAGGGUGGGCGGAGAGGGGGGUUUAUGGGGGCGAGGAGGGAAGGGCAGUUGGAGAGUGGGGAGAAAAUGACAAGGGUGAGGGUGGGUAUGGGGAUGCUGGGGAUGAUGCGGAUGGGCGUGGGGAUGAUGGGGAUGAUGCGGAUGAUGCGGAUGAUGGGGAUGAUGGUGGAGAUGGCAUGGCGGAGGGUGGGCAUGAUCUGGACCGGUACGGGUAUGGCAUGGUGCGGUGGCAACAGCAGGGAGAGGAGGAGGAGGAGGAGGAGGAGCAGGAGGAGGGAAGCGCUAAGCGGGAGUAUGGUGGAACAGGGGAGUAUGGUGGAACAGGGGAGUAUGGUGGAACAGGGGAGUAUGGUGGAACAGGGGAGUAUGGUGGAAUGAGGGAGUCUGGGGAGAGGGAGCAGUAUGGAGCAAACGGGGAGUACGGAGCGAGGGGAGAGUAUGGGGCGAGUGGGGAGGAUGAUAUGGUGACGAUGGGUAUGUCAGCGGAAUGGGAUGGGGGCAUGGCUGCUGCUGCUGCGGCUCUUAUGACCUCUGGAGGGGCAGCGGGGGACGGCACCGCAUCAGACUACACGGCCUCUGCUGCCAGUGCUGCUGCAUCCCCGUUACAAGCAUCCCCGUUACAAGCAUCUCCGUUACAUGCCUCUCCGUUAGAGGCCUCCUCUCCUUCUCCAAGCAGCACUGCUGCAUUCGCCGACCUGAUUUCAACGAUGCCACCGGUGUUCCUGCCGCCUCCUGCUAUCCAGCAACCCACACCACCGCUCCCAACCGCCCCCCACCAAAUCGACGACUGCGAAUCUGGUGACAGUGCGAGUGUGACUGUAAACGGGGCUCCGUUCACCUUCCACGCUGGCAGCAACAGCACAGGCCCCGCAGGUGCUGACGUGUUAGGGGACCCUGCUGACGAGGACGGCGAGCUGGAUGAGGUGGCAGUGGAGGCGAGUCUACGUCAGCUUGAGCUGGCACUGGAGCAGGGACUGUUACCUGAUGAGGUGGAGGCGUUGAGAAGAGAGCUAGAAGCACUGGUGGAGAGGGGAACACGGAGGGCGAGGAGAGGUGCGCGGGAGGUGCGAGGGGAGGUGGGAGGGGAGGUGGGAGGGGAGGUGGGAGGGGAGGUGGAGAGAAGAGGUGUGGUUGGGGCGGGAGAAGGGAAGGGGGAAGAGGAGGGCGUGAUAAAGGGAGAACAUGCGGGGGUGGUGGGGGUGGAGGUGGAGGGAGGAAACGAGAUGGGGGAAGGGGGCGAAGGGGAUGUGAUUGAGGUGGAGAGAGAGGGGAGUGGAAGUGAGAGGGAGGAGGAGGGGGGGAGUGAGGAGGGGGAGGGGGGUUUUGGGAUGGAGAUGGAGAGGGAUGUAACUCCUUACCAUGAAAUGGAGGGGGGCAGGGAGGGCAAGGAGGCAGUGAGGGAGGGAGAGUGUGAGGCAGAGAGUGAGAGAGAAGGCGAGGUGGAGAAGGGAGAAGGAGAGACGGAGAGGGAGGGAGAAGGGGAGACAGAGAGGGAGGGAGAAGGGGAGACAGAGAGGGAGGGAGAAGGGGAGACAGAGAGGGAGGAGGUGGGAGCAGGCAGCGAGUAUGGUAAUUUUGGUGGGGAUAACAGGGAAGGCGCGGAAGGGGAGCAGGGUGUGAAGGAAACGGCUGGUGAGAUGGAUGAAGGGGUUGAGAUGGGUGGGGAGGGCGAGGAGGUGGGAGAGUGCGAGCAGGGCGGUGAGCAGGUGGAGGAGGCUGGAGGUGAGGAGGUGGGGUGCGGUGAGGAGGAGUGCAAGGAUGCUGAGGGUGAGAAGGUGGAAUUAGAAGCGACCAACAACAAGCCUUGCUUGCCAGCCCAGCUCAUUCCUACACUUGCCAAGCCGCCUCUCCCACCGUCCCUCUCUGCCCAUGUGGAUGCACUCUCUGCUGACCUGGACGCUGAGGCUGCUGGUGGUGCAGGGGGGAGUGGGAACGGUGAUGGAAGUAAUGGCAGUGGUAGUGGAGCAGCAGGAACAGGGGGAGAGGAGAGAGUGGGUGCAGGCCCGCCACUCUGCUGCGCGUCGCCCGCUCCCAGUUCAUGCGCCGCCACCGCCUCUCCCUCUCCCUCUCCGCUGCUACAUGCUGCUGGUGCUGGUGCUGGUGCUGGUGCUGGUGGUGCUGGUGGUGGGAGUGGUGCCUUUGGUGUUGUUUUUGCUGGGGCGUCACCGCUGCUUUCCCCGGCUGCAUCACCGCUUCACACCGCUUUCCACAUCCCGUCAUCCUCCCCUCCUCGCUCCCCUCUCCCGCUCCCAUCCGCCAAUCCCUCUCUCUCCCCCCUCUCCUCCCCUCCCCACUCCCCUUCCCCACUACCUCCGCCCCCUUCCCUCUCCACUCCCGCACCCCCGUCCCUCUCCCCCUUCCCUACGCCCCCACCCCCCUCCCUCUCCGCGUUCCACUGGCGACAGCAGCCCACAGCAGGGGGAAGCGAGCGGGGCACAGCAGGGGCAGGCGGGCAGGCAGGCGGAAACGCCUCUAGCCUAGCCUCCUCUCCCCCGCACUCGCCCCUUGCUGCCACUACCCCUGGCUCCUCCCCCCGCUCGUCCUUCUCUCUCUCCCCUGCUGACGCCCUCCCUGCACUGCCAGAGUCGUUUGGGGUGCGUAGGGGUGGUGUGAGCAGGCGAUUGGUGUUUGAGAGUGGGGGAGAAGGGAGGCGUGAGGAGAAGGGGGAGAGAGGAGGGGUGCGUGAGGGAGAGGGGGAGGUAGGUUCGUCUGCAGCUUCGAGUGGUGUAGGGAAUCAGUUGAGGUGUGAGAGUGCAGGGGAAGGGAGGCAAGCGGGGGAGAGAGGAGGGGAGGAGCAAAGGGAGGAUGAUGUAGGCGCGUUUGCACCUGGUGCUGCUGGGGAUGAUAGCAGUGGUGGCGGUAGUUGUGAUGAUGGUGAUGACGAUGGUGGUGAUGUUGGGAGAAGAGAGGAGGGAGAGGGAUCGAGUAUGCAGGGCGAUGGCGCCAAGGGAGAUGAGACGAGGACGAGGGAGAAUAGAGAAGAAUGGAGGCGAGAGGAGGUGCAAACAAGGGAAGGUGGAGGAGUGGAGAAGGGCGAGGGGAGUGUUGGGAGCGGUGCAGAGAGUGCAAGCGUUGAGAUGACUCAGAUGAGGAGAGGAGAAAGGAGGGAGGAGGGGUGGGAGGAGCAGGAGAGGGGCUGGGAGCGUGCGGAUCGAGUGCAGGCAUGGGCACAAGAGAACCUCCCAGGCCCAGCACCCGAAGAAAACAGGAGCGGCAAGUCCCGAACCGGAGGCAGCGGCUCGUUUUCAGGCUCGGAAGCAGGCUUGGAGAUCCCAGAGGGCAGUGGUGGGAACAGUGGCAGCGGGAGGAGACACGGGACCUUGGGCAAUCAGGCAAGGUGGGGAGAGAGAGAGGCGCAGGGCAAUGAGGCUUCUGCUGCUGCAAGUGCUCGUGGUGCUUAUGUUAGUUCAAGUGGCUCGGGUGGUAGUGCAACUGGUAUUGGUGCUGGCGCUUUGAAUGGGGUUGAGGCAAGCAGACUGAAGCGCGCCACUGCACAGCUGAGGCAGCUCAGGGAGAACUACCUGGGGGAGGGCCAACCUGGGGAGGCUCGACUGAAAGAGGUUGCAGGUGAUGAUGGUGCUGGAGCAGCAGGAGUGGAACCACCAUCAGCGCAAACACCACCAGCAGCAGCGCCAUCUGCCAUGCCUGCCCGGCCUUCCCCCCAGUCAUCCAUCCCCCUUUCCGCCUCUGCCUCCGCUGCUGCUGCUUCAGCCGCGGCCCGCCUCGCCGCUCGCACCAGCAACGCCAGUGGCAGCAGCAGCAGCGCCAACCCUCUGGAGGCAAGGAGCCUUGCUGCAGGAGGAGCAGGGACAGGCGCUGCUGCUACUCCCCAGGCAGGGAGCACUUCCCAAGCGCGCAUCACCGCACCUCCACUUGGUGGCACGGCAACUCUGGCACGGAUUGCAAUCCCAGGCCUUACUGGUUCGGCAACAAGCCAAGGAUUGUACGGGGCAGGGCCCAUUUCAAUGGCAGUCCCAGGCUUGGGGCUGCAUUCGGGGCUGCAUUCGGGGCUGGUUUCAGGCCCAGUUUCAGGGCCCAUAUCUGGACUGCAUUCGGGGCUGGUUUCAGGCCCAGUUUCAGGGCCCAUAUCUGGACUGCAUUCGGGGCUGGUUUCAGGCCCAGUUUCAGGGCCCAUAUCUGGACUGCAUUCAGGGCCGGUUUCGCCUGGCGCGAACGCCCCUGUGUCUCCCUUUGCCCGCGCAUCCUCCUCCUUCUCCCUCGGUCGCAUACCCUCCUCUGAGUCUCUUCGUGCUGAUCCUACCUUCUCUGUUUACGUCCGGCGGUCCGGUUCGGCCCGAACCUCGGUCUCAGCUGCGGAGACCGAGCCUAGCGAAGGAGUGGUGGAGGGUGGGAUGGAUGUUGGGAUGGAGGGUGGGAUGGGGGUUGCUGGGGAUGGUGGGGACGGAGGGGAGGCUGAUGCUGAGAGCAGGGAGAGGGGAGUUGGAGGAGGAAGGGUGAGCAGGACAGAAGAGGAGGAAGGGAGGGGAGUGACGGAAGCUGAGUCCGCAGGGGAUGGUGUACUUUCCGUCCCUGACGCUGCUUCCCUUCCUGCCAAACCUACGCCCAUCCCUGCCGCCGAAGCUACUCCUGCUUCCCCUGCCACAGCUCAUACCGCUGUUGGUGGGAGUGGUGGUGGUGUUGGUGGUGUUGGUGUUGUUGGUGGUGGUGUUGGUGCGAGUGGUGGUGUUGAUGGUGUUGGUGCUGGCAUCGCCUCUGCUGCCACCCCUUCAGUGUCCUUCCUCAUCCUCCCCCCUGCCCUGGACCCCAGGGAUACUACGCACACCCAUUCGCACACCCAUCUGCAUGCACCGCACACACCUCUCACACCACGCACACCCCGCACACCACCUGCCCUCGGCUCUUCCUCCAACCCUCUCUCCCCUCGCACCCCACUCCCACACUUCUCCUCGUCCCCCUCUCAUCGCUCUCCACCAAUGGGAUCGCGCCACGUGGAGUCACGGUACAUGGCUUCCGCCAUGGCAGCAGCAGCGCCGCCCGCAUCGCCUGCCAUUGCCAUGGCCAUGGGCGGCAGUCCACGGGCGUACACCCACUCCAUGCGUGGUAUGGGCGGCAUGGGUGGCAUGGCCGGCAUAGGAAGCCCCUCUGACAGCACCCAGAGCUCCUUGCUUCUCCGAACCAGUGGCAGCUGCGGCAGCGGUAGCUUCGCCUUGCCUGCUGCUGUUGCUGGCAGUGCUGGUGGAGGUAGAGUGGUUGGAAGCGGUGGAGCCAUGGGUGGAGGCAGUGGGGAGGGUAGGAGGAAGAGCCGGGAGCAGCAGAUGGCAGCGAUGGUGGAGAAGUGGCCCACGAGCCUGAGAGGCAGUGCUCCUGCUGCGGGUGUGGCUGGGAGAGUGGGGGGUGCAGGUGCCAGGGCAAGGCCUGCUUGGGGUAGUGGAGGUGGUGCGAAGCCGGCUUGGGGUAGUGGUCCUGGGGUGAGGAGGCAGACAGACCGAUAUUCCCUGCUCUCCACCACGAUUGCUGAGUCACAUGCUAUCAGCAUAGGAGUGCAGCAGCACCUGCAGCACUCCUGUCCCCGUGUUGCCUCACAUGGGUGCAGUAAGAGUGCAGGCAGCGGGCAGCAUCCCUUGCAUGUUGAGGAAACAGCAGCUCGAAAUGGCGGCAGCAUCAGCAGAACUCCCCUCCCAUGCCUCCCCCACUCUAAGCGUCAACACCAGCACUCCCAACCCCAUCUCCCCGCACUCAAAGCGUCAGCAGUACUGCUCUCGUCAUCUCGCCUCACAGGGGCGUGGUAA